GCGGACGACUUCAUCCGAGCGAACGCCUGCAAUAAAUUGACUGUCAUCGCCGAGCAGAUCCGGUACUUGCAGGAGCAGGCUAGGAAGGUCUUGGAUGAAGCUAACAGAGAUGCUGAUCUGCACCACGUGGCCUGUAACCUCGUGAAGAAGCCAGGAAACAUCUACUACAUGUACAGGCGGGAGAGUGGCCAGCGAUACUUCUCCAUCCUGUCUCCCAAGGAAUGGGGGACCAGUCCCCACGAAUUUCUUGGUGCCUAUAAGCUCCAGCACGACAUGUCCUGGACUCCAUUUGAGGACAUUGAGAGACGAGAUGCUGAAAUAAACAUCCUGGAUAAGCUGCUGAGCCGGCAGGCAGCGCUGCCCCCCUGUACAGAGCCCAACUUCCAGGGCCUCACCAAGUGA